AUGAAUUACAGGAACGUUUCAACCUACACCCUCAUGGAACCAAAAGACUCAAAAUCAUUCAGACAUAUAUAUUUCACAUGCUUUUUGGUGCUCUAUAUUCUGAUACUGUUUGUGAACACUUGGGUCAGUGUUGUUAUUGUCUUGGAGAGAGAACUUCAUAAACCAAUGUAUAUUUUUCUGUGUAAUCUGUGUGUAAAUGACCUUUAUGGAGCAGCAGGAUUUUAUCCUAAAUUCCUACAUGAUUUAAUCCUGGAUUCAUACUUGAUUCCUUCUUUUAUGUGUGCCCUCCAAGCUUUUGUGAUCUACAGUUCAGCUAUGUGUGAAUAUUGUACAUUAGCAGUGAUGGCAUAUGACAGACAUGUGGCCAUAUGUCGGCCUUUAGACUAUCAUUCAAAGAUGAACAAAUUUUUAUGUAGCCUAUUACUUCUAUUCUGUUGGACUGCACCAUUUACUACUAUGUUCUUUGCUGUUUUCUUGUCAAAUAGGUUGCCUUUAUGUAAAAAUCACAUUGAUAAAUUAUACUGUGACAACUGGUCAAUGGUAAAACUCUCAUGUGAAUCAACUUCCAGCAAUGACAUGUAUGGGCUUGUUAUUAUUUCAUUAUAUUUAGUCCUUGUGAUUUUAAUUAUUGUGUCUUAUAUAAAGCUUAUUAUUGCAUGUAAAGCAUCAUUAGAGUGCAGAAGAAAAUUUUGGCAGACAUGUGUACCUCAUGUCCUUUCAUUGAUAAAUUUCACUGUUUCAACCAUUUUUGAUACCACCUAUAACAGAUAUGGAUCAAGUGAUGUCCAAAUGAAUCUGCGUUAUUUUUUGGCUUUAGAGAUUAUUAUUGUGCCACCACUUUUUAAUCCUUUAGUGUAUGGUUUAAAACUCAAAGAGGUUCGCAAACGAAUCUUAAAAUUAUGCUUCAGUUGUAUACAAAGAAAAUGGUAA